AAACACAUGUUAUAUUGCAGUUCCUAGGUUGCACCCAAACACCCUCCCACCAUGAUGACUCCAGACUCCACCCAGUCCGACACCAAGGGUUCCACCAAAACCACUGUCAGUAAACGGAAGAGUCCACCAUCCAGCGGGGGUGAUGGUAAAGCUGCACAUGGCAGCAAACAGGCCGAGGCCAAGAAGAAACCAAAGGUGGCUACUAAAACAAAAAAACCCAAGGUUAAGAAGAAGUCCAAGAAGAGUUCCUCUCCUCACACAGAAGACAGAGAGAGACUAGAGAAUGAUGAGGAUGCAGAGUGGAUGGAUCUUAGCCUGGACCUGCAGUCAAUUGGAGCUUAUAUAAAAAACAGAGACCAGAUGCUGGAUGAGAUGUUUAAGACAAUUAAAGGAGAGAAGCUGAAAUCCAUGCUGCCUGAAGUCAUGAAGAAGUGCACAUUGGAGGAGCUGCGGACUUUGUGUCUGGAUCAGUUAGAAGUCAUGUCCAAGAAGAGAAUACAACACAUACUAGCAGGUGAGGAGAUGACAUCGUCCUCUGACACAGAUGACACCACAGAUGAGGACGACACCAGAUGCAGCAAACGGGAGGCCAGCAGUAGCAUGCUGGAGAGUAGUGCAGUAGUAGACUCCACCUGUACUCCAACAGAGACCCAGGAGGACGUUGACCCCGGAGCAGCUGGAGAACUCUCCGGAGUCACCGCUAAGUCCUCCGGAGAAAACACUCCCGCGCUCAGCCUCAGUCCCGACCACAGCGAGCUCGACAACCUGUUCAGCGAAAACAAACAUGAGAGAGGCAGCGUAAACAUCGAAGAGGCUACGACAAGAGAUGACAACAACAAAACAGCAACUGCGGAUCAACAAUAUCCUUCUAACGCCGAAGAAACUUCUGACAGACUAGAAUUGAAAGUUCAACCAGACAAUGACAUAGCAGACUGUGAGGGUACUGAAAACAUGCAGGAUGACAUAGACAAAACUGUUAACAGUAUUAUUGGAAGCAGUAGUGUAGACCAGCCCAAACCGCCCGCACCACAAGUGACGACAGAGGGCGGAGACGAUGAUGUUACCGUGCCAACCAAGACGCAGAUGGAGAUCCUAGAGUUGGAGCUGAGAGCCCGGGCCAUCAAGGCCCUCAUGAAACAACAGGAGCAGAGAGAAAGAGCUGACCCCGACGCUACAUCAUAAAGGCAACAUGUCUAAACACAUUGUAUACAGAAUGUGCAGACUUGUUUAGAAGUGUUUCAGAGUUUCUAGCAACUUUGAACUUUAUUCUUUGCUUUCAGAAAAGAUACAUUUUUUGUAUGUCCAUAGCAACGUAACCAAAUAUAGAGUGUAACAACCACAAUGAUAAAAGGAAACAAUAUGAGAA